UCUUGAGAUUUAUGCAUUUAGGCAUUUUCAAAAGAUGACUCAGCGUUCAUCCAGUAUGCUUGUAUCGCAAUAAUGACGCAAGUGGAGGACUUUUCAAGGUAAUGUCUCUCUUUUUUUUUCUCCUUUUUUCCUUGAAAUAGAAUCUGUGGGUCUCGAAUGCCUGCCUGCCUCAAUGGACAGCAUUGUUCCCACUUGCAUGUGGAGCUAUUUCACACCAAGGUCAAGUUAGAGAAGGUGAUAGAAAUAUCUACAGUCCCCAGUGACUCAUCUCCACCAACGUGCAUUUUAAAUAGCUUGAUAAAGUCUGAAAGAGGCAUUGAAAACAUCAGAGUCUCUGAUGACUGUUAAUUAGGGCCGGGCUGAUCUGAUCACGGCUUUGGUCUGCUAGGAGUUUUAGACCUAGACUUUUCUCUAUGGAAAAGCUCAUAAUGACCUUGACUUGUUUUACAUUCAUUAAAGUUGUUGACAUCUUGAGAGGGUUGGAUCUUUGUGAAUAAGUCUGUGUAUGUAAAUGGUUGGGUGGAACCGUGGUCCUAGAUACCAUCCUGUAUUUCUUAGUGUAUUUUAUAGGUACUCUACAAGGAGACAAGCAGGAAAGAGCCACAAUACAUUUUUAUUUGACAUUUUGCAGUAACUGGGAAGUUUCCAGUACCACCAGACUGUAAGUGUGAAGAAUGCUGGAGCAGAACUCCACAGAUGUGCAUUCCCUGCUGGUUUCCUGGUUCCAGCACUACUUCAAUGAGAGCUGGUCAAUAGGAGCCGCUCCGCACGCAUCUCCUCAUCCUCCACCCGUGCAUUUGAGCGGAGAUAAAGGCUACGGCAUGGUCUACAUCUGUCUGAUGGUGGGACUCUUUAGUUUCUUUACCUUUGGCAUCAUGUUCAGCUACAUCCGCUCAAAGAAGGUGGAGAACUCAAGGGAUCCCUAUCAUCAGUAUAUAGCUAAAGACUGGGAUAGCAUUGCAUAUCCUGUGGUCAUCAGCAACCCGUCUGCUCUCGCCCAACUUCCAGGGUACAGCGUUAAAGACCAGGAUUCAAGCUAGAUUACUGCUGGUGGAAAGUGUAGCAAUGUGAUUUUCUGUUUCUUAAAAUUGUAUGUACUCAACUGUUGUUAGUUUAAUGAAAUUCACAUAAAUAUGCUCAAAAAUA